AUGGCAAUCCCUUUGCUCUGUCUCCUAUUCAUCACCUUCGCUUCGUUAAUCUUUGUCGCCAAGAAGAUCAAACGCUCUAAAUGGAAUCUUCCUCCAAGUCCUCCACAAUUUCCGAUCAUCGGAAACUUACACCAAGUUGGAGAAUUGCCUCACAGGUCACUCCAACGUCUAGCCGAAAGAACCGGACAUGUUAUGCUUGUUCACUUCGGUUUUGUCCCUGUAACUGUGAUCUCAUCGAAAGAAGCAGCUGAAGAAGUGCUUAGAACUCAUGACCUAGACUGUUGCAGCAGGCCUAAUCUUGUCGGGACGAGGCUACUCUCGCGUGAUUAUAAAGAUAUUGGUUUUACACCAUACGGUGAAGAGUGGAAGGAACGACGCAAAUUCGCGGUACGUGAGCUUUUCUGUUUGAAAAAGGUUCAGUCUUUUAGGCAUAUCAGAGAGGAAGAGUGUAACUUUUUGGUCAAGGAACUGUCCAAAUCCGCGGUUGAUCAGUCUCCGGUCGAUCUGAGCAAAACCCUUUUCUGGCUAACUGCAAGUAUCCUGUUUAGAGUUGCCUUGGGACAGAAUUUCCGCGAGAGCACCUUUAUCGAUAAAGACAAGAUCGAAGAACUCGUGUUCGAAGCCGAGACUGCACUAGCUAGCUUCACUUGCUCUGAUUUCUUCCCCGUUGCUGGACUUGGAUGGCUCGUUGACUGGCUUUCUGGACAACACAAGAGGCUCAACGAUGUUUUCUUCAAGCUAGAUGCUCUGUUUCAACAUGUGAUCGAUGAUCAUUUGAGUCCUAGAAGAUCAAGAGAUCAUGAAGACAUCAUCGAUUCAAUGUUGAACGUGAUCCAUAAACAAGGGAAAAACGAUUCCUUAAAGCUCACGGUAGAUCACAUCAAGGGGUUUCUUGCGAAUAUAUUUCUCGCAGGGAUAGACACAGGGGCCAUCACCAUGAUAUGGGCAAUGACAGAGCUCGCAAGAAACCCAAAACUGAUGAAGAAAGUUCAAGGAGAGAUCCGAGACUGCCUUGGAAACAAUAAGGAGAGAAUAACAGAAGAAGAUGUCGAAAAAGUUCCAUACUUGAAGAUGGUAGUAAAAGAAACAUUUAGAUUACAUCCUGCAGCUCCUCUCAUACUUCCAAGACACACAAUGGCUCACAUCAAAGUUCAAGGCUAUGAUAUUCCUCCCAAAAGACGGAUCUUGGUCAACGUUUCGGCGAUAGGAAGAAAUCCUAAACAUUGGACAAAUCCAGAAGAGUUUAACCCGGAGAGGUUUAUCGAUAGCCCUGUGGAUUAUAGAGGACAGCAUUACGAGCUCUUACCGUUUGGAUCUGGUCGGAGGAUAUGUCCUGGGAUGCCGAUGGGGGUUGCUACCGUAGAAUUGGGACUCUUGAAUUUACUUUACUUCUUUGAUUGGAGAGUUCCUGAUGGGAUGACACAUAAAGAUAUCGAUACACAAGAAGCUGGUACUCUUACUAUCGUCAAGAAAGUACCUUUGAAGCUUGUUCCUGUUCGAGUUUAG